AGUCCCAUGAGACUUUGAAAAUGAGGAAUCUGUAGGGACUGCGUGGUGAGCCAGUUGGGCAAAGUUCCUCUCCCACGCGGCUCCGGAGGCCAGCCUCUCCCGAGGUUCCCAGGUCCCAGGCCUAAGGAAUUCCUCACUUGCUGCAUGAACUUUGAAUGUGCAUCAGCUCAGCAGAGAGGAGUGGCUGUCUUGGGCUCCUUGACGUGUUGCUGGUCUCACUUGAAAGUGACAAUACUAUCAGUGAACUGUCACACGGGCAGUGCCUGGAGGCUGCCACAUGCCCAGUCCCAUCGCCUGCAUUUGGGUCUUCUCACCAUUCCUGCUUUCCUGCCUCCACUCCUGAAACAGGCCAAGAGGGAGGCCAUUUCUUCCCAGACUCCCAUGUGAAGUCCCAGCUGGAGGAGAAGGAAAACAAGAAGUACCCCACUUUCAAGGCCACAGAGUACAUGAGCCAGCUGGUCGCGGGGACUAACUACUUCAUCAAGGUUCAAGUUGCAGAUGAUGACUUCGUGCACCUUCGAGUGUUUCAAAGUCUGCCUCAUGAAAACAAGGCCUUGGCCUUGGACAGUUAUCAGACCAACAAGACCAAGCAGGAUGAGCUGGCCUAUUUCUAGCUCUGGAUUUUGAACUGAACCUUCACCACGUGGUUCUCUGUCACGUGUUCGCGUGUCGGAGUCUGAAAUGAACGCCGUCUCUAUGCUGUGCCACUUUCACUGGAGGGGCGGCUCUGCACCAAUCUGGUGUCUCUGCUUCUGACUUUAACAGCGUGAUUUUCCUCCCAACCAAUGAUCUUAACUAAAUUGCUUUCCAAGAGGGCUUAGAUGAUCCCUAAAUAAAUACAUUUUUAAGUUUUUGCAAAUUU